AUGGAAAUGGGACACCAGGAUCCAGCCAAGUCUCAGCGAAAAGGCCGCUCAGCUCCCGACAUCCCGCUGGAAACCGACGGAGGCACAGAGGCCACCCAGCUCACCGUCCGACGCCUGCGCACUGGCCAGCAGGAUGCCCAGCAGAAAGGUGGCAGUCAUCUUGUUGCACACUGCACAGCCAUCAUGUCCGUUUCAUGGCGUCAGUGUGCCAUUCAAAUUACAAAUGAAUGCUCUACCUACGACUUGGACAACCCCUGUGCAUACAUGGAGAGUGGUGUCUGUACUGAACCUCUGCCACCGCAGAUCGACUCAAAUUCAACUGGCAGUGCACUGUUCACCAAGACUGCCAACGCUGCUAGAGGAGCUGUUGGCGUUUUCACUUACGACCUCAUCAAAAAAUCUACAAAAAACGCCAUUGGGAAAAUUGCUGUCAUGUUCUGUGUUCCCUACGACUAUGUCCUGUACUUUAACUUGUAUGCAGUGGGAAUCUUUGAUGAGAGCCAAGCGUUUAAUAACAAUCUUUAUCAACUGAUGUACUAUGACUCAAACAGCAACUUUAUCAGAGGUAAAGCAACUGGUCCCUGUCUCUCUCAUACGGAUGGUCAAGUCACCAUCAUGGGUACAAUGUCAGACUCAUACCAGCCUGUCAUGAAGGUGGUAGUGAAAGACAACUGAAAUAAGAGAAUUGGGAAGUGCUAAAAUGUAGAUUAUCCUGCAGCACAUUCUGCUUUUAUAGCUAAUUCUGUGCCAAUGGCUAAUACAUAGUUCAUGUAUAAUCAUUUUGCUUAAUUUUGUUCUGAGCAAAAAU